GAUGACAUAGAGUAGCACUGUGUGUGUGGAUGUGUGGCAUUUGAGAAGUGGUAUACUGCAUUGGAUCUAGUGUAUACGUGUGUUGGUGGUGCAGAAUUAAAGCAUAGUGGGAGUGUGAGUGAGGAUGCAGAUGUCUUCUGUUGCAAUUGGGGCUGGGGGCUCUGUCUCUUCCCACAAUCCCAACUCAUCCUCCUCUUCCCGGACACUCUCCGCCCCACAACACACUCAGCAGCUGAUUGAACAUGUGCUGCAUGGCAGUGUGGGGGAGGGGGUGGCAUUGGGGCUGCUGGAGGAGAGACUAAGGGGGUGCACUGAUAGCAUGGACUCCUUCUUCGACCACGAGGCACACUACACUAUGGCUCAAUUUGGGAUGGGUGGUGCUACAAUUGGAGUUAGGUUGCGCAGAUCUUGUUUGUCGGACCAGAUGGCCUCAGCCUACCAGUUGCGGUAUCAGGGCAUGAAUGAAGGGGCGAGGGAUAGGAGCAAGCCGACAGUGAGUAGGACUGUCAUCACUGUCGCACUCACUCCCCCACAUACUGGUGAGAGGGAGAGGGGGGAAGGGGCACACAAGUUCCUGGAGGACAUGGGCUUCAAACUGGACUUCCAUCUAGUACUCAAAGGAAACGUGUUCGUCAAAGACAGACUGAGAGUGACUGUGAGCAGAGUGUUCCGAGUGACGGCUGGUGCAGGAGCAGAGGGUGAGAAGGAGUGUGAGAUGCACAUGAGGGCCACCUAUCUGGACAGACAUCUGCAGCCUGUGUUCCCCUCCACACUCCUGGUGGAGGCAUCGUGCACUGCACCCACACACCUCCCACAGGAUGAGGUGGGGGAUGAACUGAAGGCAUUUGUGGAACAUUUGAAGCCACUGAUCACCAUGGACAAGAUAGAGCACAGAUGAGACAUGUACAAACAAACAGAUACAUAAGCAGUUUCGUCAAGACAGGCAUACAAGAUGCUGCUUAUGCCCGUCGAACCAGAAAAUGUCUGUGACUGCUGUGAUAAAACGAAGGGAAGUCCGAAGCUUCUGGGUUGACAUGCUUCAGCAAUACAUCUGAGGUUGAACAUUGGAACUUUCAAUCAUAGCAGAAACAGAUUCAAUUCUGAGAUUGUGUCUUUAACUUUUCAGAUUCCUCCCAAAUUUCCGUUGUGGUUGUUUUUGGCGCUCGAAAUGUUCAAGAGUCAACGUAGUUAAGUCUCUAUUACAGGGCGUGAUGAUUUGUUUUUUUUUUCAGGAAAGUUUGUUCAGCUCAAAUUUGAUUUUUUCGCUGUUUGACUUUUGAUUUUCUAGAAUUUCAGUUCAUUUCCUUUCUUAAAAAGAAGGCAAACUUUACAAUCAAACAGGAAAAUGUAAGGUCACGAUAUAGUUUUUGCCUGAAAUGUUAAAGUGUUUUUUUUUGUUGUCUUUUGCGUUCCAUGAUUCUUUUCCAACAGUAUGUUGGCCUUGUUUAAACUAUUAGUUCUAAUAAAGUUCUUUCAACCAGUUUUUUUACAUAUAAAUGGGCAGCUUGAAUUGAUACACUAAACCUCAAAAUAUCGACAAGCUUUCGUCAGCAAUCCUGCAUUCGAGUGGACCACUUACGGGCUUUUGAGAGAAUUUUACUAGUGGACAAUUUCCCUAUUUCAAAUCAAUCUCAACGACAGUGGUCUGAACAAAAAUUGAAAAUCAAGCCGAAUGAGUGGAAGGGACUAUUCCGUAGAGCGGGUUUUUCCCGCCCAUUUUGAAAUCGGAUCAUCGACUUUUUUCUGUGUGAAGAACUCGUCGAAAAUAUAUUUCAGCCAAAAUACAUAUUUUAGCAUGUUUGAAUGUUAAAUACGCGUUUUUAAAUGUAAAAGAAGCAAGUGAUUUUCAACUUUUUGAGUCUUGAUGAUUUGUUUUUCAGGAAAAAGUCUAAAAAUGCUCUAAUAAUUACAGACGUUAAUUCAUACAUAUUAAUGCAUUUAUGAAUGCACUUGGUAUAUGUGAACUUUCUGAGUUCAAUUCAAAUCGAUCUGCUAAAAGUUAGGUAAAUUACGCACGCCAAUUACGAAAGCGAAAAUUGUGCGAAAGCAUAUGAAUGAUUUCUGUUUCGAUAGUGGAUUUUAAUUUAUAGAUUUCACAGUGGAUUUAAAAGCUUAUUCGUUGAUCCAUUGCUUUAAAUUUGGGUCAAUAUUGUAGAAAAUGCCAAUGAUUAAUCUAUUAUAUUAUACUUAAAGGGCUUCACUAUCUUGCCACGUUUAAGCGUUCAACGUAUUAUUUUUGCACGUUUAACGAAAGAUUAUUUUCACGCUGAAGCUAUAUCGUAUAUGGCAAUGGUUAAAAUUUUUCUUUGAUUUUCCAGUUGAAUUCAGUGUUUAAUUGGCCGAAUUUAAAAUAAGCAGCCUUAUAGUGGAAUUUUGUCAGGGUUCCCUCAUGGAUUGCAAAAUUAACCUCCAAUCAUGAAUACCCAAAUCCUUUUAGUGUACGAGAUACGACGAUUUAUGUGGUUUUUUCAAAAUUUUUCAGAAAGCCCAAAUUACAAAGUGAUACAAAAGGUUUGUGAUUCCGAAACUUGCAAUUGGGUACUGUCAGAGUAAUCUCAAGGGUUGCGAAUCUUCCCUUCAAAUAUGACUGCACAAAACCUUGUAGUUCUCGAGAUCUGACUUGUUUUAUGAUUUUUUUUCAAAACUUAUUUAUUUAGAGAACACCAGCCCAAAUUGAAUUUCUCAAUUCAACAGUGGGGUGCUAUAAGGGUGCUUUCAAAGGUUUCAAAUCUGGCGUUCAAGUAUGACUGCUCAAAUCCUUUUGGUUUUCGAGAUAUGGCGCUUCUAUGAUUUUUUCAAUUUUUUUAAAGAAAACUUUAAAAACUGAAGAUUUUAAAAAGUUCAAACUAUUUGAAACUCCCAACCUAUAAGUUGGGUAUUGUGAGGGUUCUCUCAGGAGUCCAAAGUUGCAAAUCUUGCGGGAAAUUGCGACUGCUCCGACGGUCUUAGUUUCCGAGAUGUGACCUUUAUUAUGUCUUUUUUUUUAUGUUGUUCAAAGAACGAAGUUAUGCAAAAAUAUCAAAAACUUAGAUUAUCCCUCAAGGUAUUCCAACAAGUUUUCAGUUUUGCCUUGAAAUAAGACCGCUCAAGUCCUUGUAGUUUUUGAGAAGUGACGUUUUUGUGAUUUUUUCAAAGAAAAAAUUUCAGAAAACUUAAAUUUUUUCAAAAUUUGAAAUUUCCAACCCUGUAGUUGCGGGCUACCAGAGUACUCUCAGAGGUUUUGAUGCUUGCCUCCAAAUAUGAUUUUUUUGUUUGAUUUUGUUAUAGUCAUUCAAUUUUGUAUCGCAAGUGGUGCGAAGUUCAGCUUCUCCUCUGUGUACCAUGUUGUGAAAGUUUCUCAACACUAAUUUGAAGCUGACAAUUGUCUUUUUCAGCCUGUUUUUCUAAAAGUGAAGUAUAUUGGAGACAAAUGUUGAAAGAUCUUAGAUUUAGUGAUGAUAUUUUACAACAGGUGGCAGAUUCAAGUUA